AUGGACGACCACUUCAGCCUCCUUCAAUCACCCGCUCAGAGCGCCAACAAAAUCCCGGCUGACAAUCUGGUGAACCACGGGUACACAGACACGGAGGCAGACGUAAUGACUGUGGUGGCGUGUGACAACAUGCUGGAGGAGUCGGCGGCCCUUCCGGGCCACCUCUCACUGGACCGAUACGAGCCGGACCAUGAGUGCUGUGAGAGGGUGGUCAUUAACAUCUCCGGCUUACGCUUUGAGACGCAGCUCAAGACCCUCUCCCAGUUCCCUGAGACUCUGCUGGGUGACCCUAAGAAGAGGAUGAGAUACUUCGACCCACUGAGGAACGAAUACUUCUUUGACCGAAACCGACCGAGUUUUGAUGCCAUCCUCUACUACUAUCAGUCAGGAGGGCGCAUCAGGAGACCUGUCAAUGUGCCCAUUGACAUUUUCUCUGAGGAGAUCCGCUUCUACGAGCUAGGAGAGGAGGCCAUGGAAAAGUUUAGGGAGGAUGAAGGUUUUAUAAAAGAAGAAGAGCGCCCAUUACCCGAGAAUGAGUUUCAGAGACAGGUGUGGCUCCUGUUUGAAUACCCGGAGAGCUCAGGGCCAGCGCGGGGCAUCGCUAUAGUGUCAGUUCUGGUCAUUCUCAUCUCUAUUGUGAUUUUUUGUUUGGAAACAUUGCCAGAGUUUAGAGACGAAAACAGAGACCCAAUAGCCAUCGCGCCUGUCAUUAAUGGCACUCUCCCUUUCCUCGUAAGCCCCUUUUCAGACCCGUUUUUUGUGGUUGAGACGCUCUGUAUUAUUUGGUUUUCAUUUGAAUUGCUCGUACGUUUCUUUGCGUGCCCCAGCAAAGCCACGUUUUCAAAGAACAUCAUGAACAUUAUUGAUAUAGUGGCAAUUAUACCGUACUUCAUAACUUUGGGCACAGAGCUGGCGGAGAGGCAGGGGAAUGGACAACAGGCCAUGUCAUUAGCUAUUCUGCGCGUUAUUAGGCUCGUGCGAGUGUUCCGGAUCUUCAAACUCUCACGUCAUUCUAAGGGGCUCCAGAUUUUGGGUCAGACACUGAAAGCUAGUAUGCGGGAGCUGGGUCUGCUCAUCUUCUUUUUGUUCAUCGGUGUCAUCCUCUUCUCCAGUGCUGUUUACUUUGCUGAGGCAGAUGACCCGGCCUCAGGGUUUAGCAGCAUCCCGGACGCGUUCUGGUGGGCUGUGGUUACUAUGACUACAGUGGGGUAUGGGGACAUGCAUCCGGUCACUAUUGGGGGCAAGAUCGUGGGCUCGUUGUGUGCCAUCGCCGGUGUGUUGACAAUUGCGCUUCCUGUUCCAGUCAUUGUUUCAAACUUCAAUUACUUCUACCAUCGUGAGACGGACGGAGAGGAACAGGCUCAGUAUUUGCACGUGGGCAGCUGUCAGCCGCUCGCAGACGCAGAGGAGCUGAGGAAGACGCGCUCUUCUUCUUCACUGAGCAAAAGCGAGUACAUGGUCAUAGAGGAGCACGGAAUAAACAGUGCGUUUAAACAGCAACCCAACUUCCCGACAACUACAACGACGACGACUCAGAACAACUCGCAGAACUGUGUGAAUAUUAACAAAAAAAUCUUCACCGACGUGUAG